UCCGCAGACGCUACGCUGGCUCCACACACUGACUGACACAGUAACCUGUGCGCGACUGUGCUCCCCUUCCAGAAACAUUGUGAGGAAAGAAAACAAACCUGCAUGGAUGGAUCCUUUACUUUUAAACACAUUUUAGUAUCCAUAGUGAACUGAAACGUUUCGGAUUUCGCGAUUGAUCUGAAUGUUUCAGUCGCUCGCGCUGAAGCGAACGCGGAUUCCUCGCGCAGAGAAUCAAAGUCUCUCAAACGCACCGUUUAGCUGCACAAACAUGGAUGUUCUGGCCAAUUACAGUAUUUUUCAAGAACUUCAACUUGUUCAUGACACUGGCUACUUCUCCGCGAUGCCGUCUCUGGAGGAAAACUGGCAGCAGACAUGUUUGGAGUUGGAACGCUAUCUGCAGACAGAACCCAAACGACUGUCUGACCUUUUUGACGAGGAACUAGAUGGCCUCCUUACACCCUCCUUCAUGAAGGAAGAAGCGGAAGAAGACCCGUUAGACCCCCUCCUUCCCAGCCUCGACAACCCACCCAGUCCUCCUCCUCCUCCUCCUCGCCUCACCCCACGCAAAGAAACUCUCUCCUCCACUUCCUCUACUGUGACCUCUCCAGACAUCACCUUAGGGGUCAACGCAGCCCAGCUGAACGCCGUCACCUCCCUAACACCUCCCUCGUCCCCAGAACUGGGCCGUCACUUAGUCAAACCCACCCACACACUCAGUGCCUCGCCCGACGGGACCCUCACGCUCAAGCUAGUGGCCCGAAAGGUGGGCUUGAGCUCUGCCAAGCUUGUGGCAGCCCACCCGGUCCCACUUUCUCCUCAGCACGGCAGCAGCGGAGCACAGAGCGAUGGAGAACAGGGCGGCACCUGCACCAUGGGAUCUGGCGAGAUGGCAGAGAACAAGAAGAGGGUCCAUCGCUGCCAGUUCAACGGGUGUCGGAAGGUCUACACCAAGAGUUCACAUUUGAAGGCACAUCAGAGGACACAUACAGGGGAGAAGCCGUACAAGUGCUCAUGGGAAGGCUGUGAAUGGCGGUUCGCGAGAAGCGACGAGUUGACGAGGCACUACCGCAAACAUACCGGCGCCAAGCCUUUCAAGUGCAAUCACUGCGACAGGUGUUUCUCUCGAUCUGAUCACUUGGCACUGCACAUGAAGAGGCACAUCUGAGGAGGAGGAGGUGGCAAAAUGGUGAGGUGGAGGAAGAGACGGAAGGUAGAGGGAGAGAAGGAGAGGGAUUAUGGAAAGAAGCCGGAUACCACUCAGGCCGUUCGCUCAUCCCACCAGAGAGUGGCGUCCUGUAGGGGAACCUAUCAGCACGAGCUCAACUCAGACCAGGUCUUGAGGUUUGGUCGGCCACGUCUGACCAUGAGGAUGGAAAUUCGGAGGUCUACAGAUCUGAGAAGGUGGUACGACAUCUUAUGUCACUUAAAGACAACAUGCUUCAGUAGGUAUUUGCCUAAUGUUCAAAACAUCAAUGACUUGAUAAAGAUACUAUUAUUGUGUUCCAACUUCUCUGAGAACCAUUUAAAGCUUUCAUCAAUUUUACAUAGAGUAAGCAGACUGUCACAAACAGACCAGCUACCAAUGCACCUGGUUUGAUUUACUGCACCGUGGCGUGCAGGAUGUGUCCCAAAAUUAUCUUCUCAAGAACCUUUGGAGAACAUUGUAGCGAUAGGAUGCCAAUCCAAAGAGAUGGAUUUUUUUUUUUCUUUGUUUCCCAUUUUGAGCAAAGAUUAUCAUUCUGCUUUGAUUCCACCAAUCCACGGCCAAGAUCUAAAGUGGAGUGUCCAUCCAGAGAAAUUUGGAUUUCAAAGGUAAAGUGGAAUCACCCAUCGCUCAAAUGUGAAUCUGACUGGGGCAGCGGAGGAAACACUCUUACAGUACCUUCUUCGUAGACAGACAAAUCUCUCUCUUUCACGUCCCUCCUUGCCAACCAACCGCUGCGCAGCGACACUUUGAGACUUUUUAUAAAGGAAAAAAUAAAUAAAUAAAGAAGAGAUCUUUUUGAAUGAUGACUAUGUUAUAUAAUUCAGAACACUUCUUUUUUGCUUUUCUCCUGUGGAUGUGUACAAAAUAGAAAAAGAAAAAGAAA